AUGCCUGUCCGCUUGAUCCUUCGGCGUCCAUCUCCGACGACCGUGUCAUUUACCGUCUCCAACGCAUCCAAGCACCCAAGCACGCCUGCAAAACUUCUUUUCUAUCUCCAGAUCCUGCUCCGUGCUCUGGUCUUUUUCUGCGUCGUUCUCUGCGACAUUGCGAAAGCGCGCCAUACAUUCUUCGACAAAGAUGGCUCCGUCGUGCGCUGGACAGCCGUUUGGUCGAGCCCAGUUGGUCAAUUUCUUGGUCGCAAUGUGGAUGCCUACAACUCCGUCGCCGUCGCGCUCGUAUCUUCCAGCCCUCUAUGGCCAUUCCAUGACGGACCGAGGCUCAUGCCCCUUAACCGUGGUGCAGAGGAAUCCCUUUUAGUCAUUCGCGGUCUAGGCAUUCAAACUUCCACUUCUUCAGCGACGUAUCUCUCGAAAGCAGUGACGCGAUUCAUUCCCACUGCACAAAUCCAGGACAUCGUGAUUCAUGAAGCGUUCAAGGGCUUCGAAGUGCGCUUCUAUCUGGCGGUGAUUGUGGAGGGCGAGCCGGAUGUUGUCGUGGUCUUCCCCGUAAGGUUCCUGGUCUCAGGAGAAUUGGUCCAAGCUGACGAAUGGCGGCCAGAAACUUUUACCGAAGCGCGCGAUCUUGGAGGAGGUUUGGAGAGGCUCUCGACGCUGUUUGUAUGA